AUGUUUAAGAGGGAUCAGGGAAGUUCAAGAGAGUUCAGGAAGGUUCAGGAAUGUUUAAGAGGGAUCAGGGAAGUUCAAGAGAGUUCAGGAAUGUUCAGGAGAGUUCAGGAAAGUGUUGAAGCCCAAUCACCGGGCGUCCCUGCCGGCGGCGUUUACAGGGGGGCGGGAGAGAAGGAGGCUCGGCAGGCCCCCACGCGUCACUGCCCCGCGGAAAGUAACCCUCGUGACACACUCGAGAGAAAGAAUGAGACGGCAGGGAGACGCAGCCCAGGGAGGCCCAGCGUGGUGGAUAUUGGCGCCUCGGGGCUGGGCCUUGGGUGGCCGUGUGGUGGGAGCCUAGCAGCGCUGGUCCUGGGCACCACGCUGCAGGCCACCACGCAGGACGUCUCGCCCGAGGAGCUUCCGGUGGAGGCCACGCAGGAGGUGCGCAGCGACCCUGGCCAGGACGCCGUGGCCGCCACGUGCCCCGCAUCCUGCUUCUGUGAGGAGGAGGCGGAGUACGCCACCUGCGUGGGGGACGGCCAAUGGGCGCCGCCGACGCUGCCGUCUGGCCUGAGCCGCGUGGAGCUGCGCAGCUUCCUGGUGCCGGAGCUAGAGGCGGAGCAGCUGCGGCGCCUUGCAACAUCUCCAGGCUGGUGGACGACGCCUUCGCCGCCAUGCCGGACCUGGACAGACUGGACCUGUCUGAGAAACAGGCUGACAGCGCUGGGCCCCGCCUCUCUGCGCGGCCUUCGAGGCGCUGCACCACCUCGACCUGUCCGCCAACCUACUGGCCAACCUGACGCAGGCCUUCACGCACCUGCCCGCCCUGCAGCACCUCAACCUGCGGGACAACAGGCUGGCCAGCCUGGCCAAGGACACCUUCCAGGGGACUGGACCGCGUCCAGCACGUCAACCUGGACUCCAACAGGAUCGUGUCCGUGGAGGUGGCGGCCUUCCAGCACCUCACCAGCUUGGCCGUGCUGGUGCUGUCCAACAACCCGCUCACCACGCUCUCCACGCUCGACUUCUUCGGGUCGCGGCUGCAGUACAUCGACGUGUCCAACAUCGGCAUCACGCGCGUUCCGCAGGCUCUCACGCAGUUCGUGCGAGACUUGCGGCUCGCCAAGAACUCCAUCAGCGAGAUCCACCGCGGGCGACCUGGACUCCUACCCCAACCUAGGCCUGCUGGUGCUUGACGACAACGGCUUGCAGCUGCUGGAGGAGGACGCGCUGGGGCGCCACGAGUGCCUGGCCUGCCUGUGGCUCAACGGCAAUAGGCUCACCAGCAUCCCCCUGUCGCUUCCCCCCGCCCUUAAGUCCCUCUACGUGGAGGAGAACCAGAUCGCGGCGCUGCGCGAGGGGGACUUCAGCGGCCUGGUCAAUCUGGAGCAGCUGCUGCUGCAGAGGAACCACAUCGCCCGCAUCGAGCCCCACGCCUUCCGCGAGCUGGUCAGCCUCAAGACCCUCGACCUGCAGGCCAACCAGCUCGCCAACCUGACGGGCCGCGUGUUCGCCGCCCUCACCAGCCUGGACACGCUGGACCUGUCCCAGAACCCGCUUCUCACGCUGGGCGCCGACGUGCUGACGGGCCUGUCCUCCGUAAAGGUGCUGCAGAUGUCCCGUAUCCACUCCGCCGCCGUGGCCAUGCCCGAGGUGCUAUUCGACCCCCUCAAGAGCCUGCAGAUCCUGGAGAUGUACGGCUCGCCCGUGCUGGUGCGGCGCCUCGUCAACACCACGCGCAUGCUGCACUCCCUGCGCGGCGUGCGGGAGCUCAACCUCAUGCACAACGACCUGGCAGCGCUGCGGCCAGACUUCCCAGACUUCUUCCCCAAGCUGCAGGUGGCUAAGCUGAGUGGCAACGCGUGGAGGUGUGACGUGCCAGACCAGGUGCUGUGGAUGAAGACAUGGAUGACUCACUCACCUGUCCACUUCUACCGGUCGCACAGCAUUAGGUGUUCCUCCCCGGCCUCUCUCGGAUACAAACCAGUUAUGCUCCUCGAAGAAACUGACUUCAUCACCACUACACUAUCCCAGCCUGCUACUACUACUACUACUGCUACUACUACUACUACUACUGCUACUACCACCACCACCACUACUACUACUGCUGCAGCGACUACUACAAGUAACGCCACGCUGGUAUUCGAGGUAACAACAGACGCGCCCUUUGAGAUGGUUCAACGCUACGGAGAUAAGGGAGAAUGUGACGGAGGAGGAGGAGGUGGUGACGGAGGCGGUGAAGGUGGAGGUGACGGAGGAGCUGAAGGGGAUAAGAGACGUGACGGAUGAUGAUGAAUUUGACACAGCAGCUUCACGUCACCAUCCUCCACCAGUCAGCGCCUCCACUGGUGACACUGAGGGAUGACUUCACGGUCCACACAGCACCAGUCACCCAGCCAGUCACCACGGAGCAGUCAAUGCAGCCUGUUCUUAUAUUGAAACAGUCAUCGCCUGUUCGCAUACCGGUCACUGGCACAUCAUUUCGAAUUGCCUCUAAGCCAACAGAGAAACCACACACAAACUACACCCACUGACUCUCCGCCAUACCUGUGAUCA